AUGUUCACCGCCAGCAAGAUCAAAUUUGGCCUGGGCGUCUUGACGCUUCAAUCCGUCGCGGCUAGCCUGGGUUCAAGGAUGACUGACGGCGCUGCGGGCCUUGGCACGCGAGACUUGAAGCCAAACUUCCCUUAUGACCCCGCCACUAUCUCGCCUUGCACAUGGUGGGAGGACAACGAUGGGAGCUUGUCGUGCAAGGAGACCGCCGAUAUCUGGGGACUUUCGAUCGACGACUUCAGGCUCAUGAACCCAUCGAUCACCCCUGACUGCGGCAACUUCAUCACCGGCCAGUCGUACUGCAUCGAGUCUUGGGUAGAGGCAGCUCCGACCGUAACGACCAACCCAACGCCUACAUCUUCUCCCUCGGGAGUCGUGACCCCGAGCCCUCAGCAGCCCGACAUGGUCAAGAACUGCGACAAGUUCUACUUCGUCCGCCCUGGCGACACGUGCAACGUCAUCGCGGGCCAGCACGGGAUCACCGCAGCUCAACUCAUCAAGUGGAACCCUUCUGUAGGGUCGGACUGCACUAACUUGUGGGCUUACGCAUACACCUGCGUACACGUCGUCGGGCCCUGA